AUGUGGAUUUCAAUAUCGUUUAUUCUUCUGGCUCUAUCCACCAUUGCCUCGGCAAAGUCUGGUAGUGGAAAGGUCAACUACAUAGUCGGUGGCCAGAAGAUUCCGGUCAGCGACGCACCGUACCAGGCGGCCCUGUUUCGGAAUUAUGCGUUUCACUGCGGUGGUGAGAUUGUUGCGCCAAUCUGGAUCCUCACGGCAGGGCACUGCGUUACCUCCGCCACUGGGGAACUAUUUCCCGUCGAGGAAUGGCUCGUACGCGUUGGAGCCAAUGAUGCCAACGUCAACGAAGAACCUGAUCAGCCCGUGGACACAGUGUUCCUGCAUCCAUUUUACGCCCAAGAAGGGGUAAAGCUAGACUACGACACGGCCCUGAUGAGGUUGGCUGCACGGUUGCAGUUUUCCGAUCAGGUACGCUGCAUACCGAUGGUACCUCCGGGUACACCGGCCACUACGGGAACGGUUGCAGUCGUCACCGGGUAUGGACAUUCGAUACCGAACUCGGUGGGACCUCCCAGCAGCACGCAACUGAAGGCCCUCGAAGUGGCCAUCUUCGACCACGAGGACUGCCAGCAACGGUACGCAGCGAUCGGACAAGCGAUUACGGACCGAAUGUUCUGUGCAGGAGCACCAGCGCAAGGCACCUGCCAUUACGACUCUGGCGGUCCGGCUGUUCAAAAUGGGCAACUGUUGGGGUUGGUCUCCGGAGGCAGCGUUUGUGCCGCUGAUCAGUUUCCCGGAAUAUACGCUCUGAUUUCUACAAUGUGGGAAUGGAUCGAAGGUACGAUCGUGGUAAAUUCGGAGCAUUAUCCCCCUGAUGGUCAGUGCAUUUGA